AUGCAACUUACCACUCUCCUCCCUGUCCUGCUCUCUACUCUGAGCCUGACCAACGCCGCUCCCCAAGGCGCCGCUCCCGUUUUCAGAUCCAACAAUCUCGACAUCGGUGGCUCUCCCGGUGGUGUCGCCUGGCGAUUCAACGUGUCUUCCCCCGGUUCGGAGAACUCUCCCGCGUUCAACACCCGCUGUGAAGGAACCUCCUACAACGCCACCGCGUGCGCCGAUCCCAAUGUCGUCGCGCAACUCGUGAAAUUGGGCAACCCCAGUUUCAACCUCACGGUGCAGCAUCACUGGACCAAAUAUGUGGACGACGACCGCCAGGACUUUUGGCAAUCAGGCACUACCAAAGUGAACGAGACCUCAACAAGCUUCAGGAUCAUCCCUGACUCCUUCUACGGAGUGGCGUAA